ACAGGAAGAUGUCGGCGCCCUAGACCACAAGUCCAGUUUCACUGAACGGUGUUGUCACCGAGCCAUAGGUCCCCAGAUCUCAGAUGUUCAGAAGAGAUUGUUGGCGCAGGCGAAGAGCAAGGCGACGCGGCCGCGGGAGGAAAACCACGGCGGAGGUCAGCCGCCGGGGCACGCGCGCGACCACGUAGCACUGGAGUGCGCUUGAAGCAGGCGUGCCUCCUGCACGGGCGAGCAGGUCGGAGGCGAUGGAAUUCCCCAUGGAGCCGGUUAGCAGGUGCGAGCUCUGGCAGUCCCAUCGGUUGGCACCUAAAAGUUCCCGAUUUUUGUUCCCGCGACUGAUCUUGCUCUUGUUUCCAUGCUGGAGCCUCCCAAUAUACGAGGGGACUGCGGAUACAGGUGUGGAUGCAGUGGUGGCGAGGGAGGACGGCGAGUGCAGCCAUGUGGGCUCGGUGGAGCCGGAGCAGUCCGUAAUGCGCAUAGUUCAGGCGAUAGCAAGGUGUGGAGAGCAGGAGGCGGACGGGCAAGCAGAUUCUGCAGUGUCAACAGGAAAAAUGGAUCCGCAGUGUCCGGGCUGGACAAAAAGGCUGAGGAUUGGAACAGCACCCCCUGAUAGGACACCAUGUGCAUCGAGGAAGAGUGCACUGGAGAAAUCAAUCCGUGGGUAUGCAGAGAAGGUUGGCGACGAGGUCAUAGAUGCAUGCUUGGGCACAACCUUCGACUCCCUCGGCGAAGCGUUGAGGGUAGGGCGAGCACCACCAGAUAGGACACCGUGAGCGUCCAGGAAGAGUGCCCUAGAGAAGCCCAGCGGUGUACGAUAGCUCGGAGGAGGAGAAGGACGCGGCGCCAACAAGGUCGACGCUCUUCGCCGCCAGCGACUAUGUCGACGAUGACCAAGAGGAGGACGCCGUCGUCGCACAGUUAGCGGCCGUGUUCGAGGCGGAGGCGCGAGCACGCUAGCGCCGGGUGGAGGCCGACGU